CCCUCCGGCAGCGGCCGCGCCCCGCCGGUCACGUGGUCCGUCCGCCCCGCCGGCACCGGCCCGAAAGUGGAACCAGGGUAGGGAGAGAAAGGAAAAAGAGAGAGAGGAAAAGGAAGAGGAAGUGAGGGGGACACAGCACAACUCGUCCGGCCGCCGCCGCCGGCCCCCGCCGUCACCCCACCAUGAUCAAAGCUAUCCUCAUCUUCAACAACCACGGCAAGCCGCGGCUCUCCAAGUUCUACCAGCGCUAUAGUGAAGAUACGCAGCAACAAAUUAUCAGAGAAACUUUCCAUUUAGUAUCAAAACGUGACGAAAAUGUCUGUAAUUUUCUAGAAGGAGGACUAUUAAUAGGAGGAUCUGAUAACAAACUAAUUUACCGACACUAUGCCACCUUGUAUUUUGUCUUCUGUGUGGAUUCCUCAGAAAGCGAGCUUGGUAUUUUAGACCUCAUACAAGUAUUUGUGGAAACACUAGACAAAUGUUUUGAAAAUGUCUGUGAGCUGGAUUUAAUCUUCCAUGUAGACAAGGUCCAUAAUAUAUUGGCUGAAAUGGUCAUGGGUGGAAUGGUUUUGGAGACCAAUAUGAAUGAAAUUGUCACUCAGAUUGAUGCUCAAAAUAAACUGGAGAAAUCUGAGGCUGGUUUAGCAGGAGCUCCAGCCCGGGCUGUUUCAGCUGUAAAGAAUAUGAAUCUUCCAGAGAUCCCAAGAAAUAUUAAUAUUGGUGACAUCAGUAUAAAAGUACCAAACCUUCCCACUUUUAAAUAACAUGACUACUCCAGGUAAUACCAAGGAAGAAAUGUAAUAGAGAUUUACUGCGUAAUUGUUUACUAAAUAAACAUGUCUAACUUUUACUGUUUGGAUAAAACUCAAGGUACUGCAUAGAAAACCUGAAAAGUCAGUGUGUGGAGUUGAAUGUUGCUUUUGUCUUGUUUGUGAAAUUAAAGAAAAGGGGUAGUUCCUAUGUGAUUUCUAAAUUACAUUCCUAUGCCCUUGCAAGGCAUAUCACUGUGUCUCAGCUGCUGCAGUAUUUUGGGGAAGUAUUUAACAUGUUCUUUACUUUGUAUAACCUAUAAUGCUGAGGUUUUUUGUAUAUCCACCCAAGUCUAUAAUUAGUGGAUUCUUUAACUACUUCUGUUUGUCAUGAUUAUUUAAGUGCAAAUGUUGCAUGAAAACAUUUAGCUCAUGUUUUGUUUAAAUAAAAUCAUAACAAACUGGACUUCGAAAUAACCUGUUUUUUGAAGUCUACUGUUUGCAAUAAACCACCUUAUUUCCCA